GGCACCGGGGACCCCCGUGGCGGCGGCGGCGGCGGCGGCCAGGGGAAGCCGCGGGGCCGGUCAUGCGGCUGCGGGGCCCGCGGCCCGGAGCGUCCGCCCAGCCCUGAGCGAGGCCCCGCAGGGCGCCCCCCGCCGCUGAGGAUGAGUCACUGCAGCAGCCGCGCCCUGACCCUGCUGAGCAGCGUGUUUGGCGCAUGUGGCCUGCUGCUUGUGGGCAUCGCGGUCAGCACUGACUACUGGCUGUACAUGGAGGAGGGAACCGUGCUGCCGCAGAACCAGACCACGGAGGUCAAGAUGGCACUGCACGCCGGCCUCUGGCGGGUCUGCUUCUUCGCAGGCCGGGAAAAGGGUCGCUGCGUGGCCUCGGAAUAUUUCCUUGAACCGGAGAUCAACCUGGUGACGGAAAACACGGAAAAUAUUCUGAAGACAGUGCGCACAGCCACCCCGUUCCCCAUGGUCAGCCUCUUCCUCGUGUUCACCGCCUUCGUCAUCAGCAACAUCGGCCACAUCCGCCCACAGAGGACCAUUCUGGCUUUCGUUUCUGGCAUCUUCUUCAUCCUAUCCGGCCUCUCCUUGGUGGUGGGCUUGGUUCUUUACAUUUCCAGCAUCAACGACGAGGUGAUGAACAGGCCCAGCAGCUCUGAGCAGUAUUUCCACUAUCGCUACGGAUGGUCUUUCGCCUUUGCUGCUUCCUCCUUCCUCCUCAAAGAGGGAGCCGGCGUUAUGUCCGUGUACUUGUUCACCAAGCGCUACGCGGAGGAGGAGAUGUACCGCCCGCACCCCGCCUUCUACCGCCCGCGCCUCAGCGACUGCUCCGACUACUCCGGCCAGUUUCUGCAGCCCGAGGCCUGGCGCCGCGGCCGCAGCCCCUCCGACAUCUCCAGCGACGUGUCCAUCCAGAUGACGCAGAACUACCCUCCCGCCAUCAAGUACCCCGACCACCUGCACAUCUCCACCUCGCCCUGCUGAGGCCGCCCCGCGAUGAUGGCCACGCCCCAUCGGGGCCCUCCCUCCAUUUCAUUGGUCCCUUCCGCUCCCUGGUGGCCCCUCCCCUUGGGGUGCCCGCCCCUUCCCCGCGGGCCCCGCCCCUCUCCUAGGUCUCUCUUGAGUCCCGGAGCCGCCGGGCUGUGCCGGCCCACCUGCCCUGCGCCCCCAACCGGCCUCCGGGGCGCGGGGCUGGAGAGGGGGACCCGGCUGCGGCCCGAACGCCUGCCAGCCUCUGUCCCCUCCGCCCCCGUCACUCUCAUCUCCGGACCUUCGGGGUCCACGGGCGCAGCGAGGUGGGGGGGCCUCCUUGCUACGCGCGCAGCUCCGGGGCGGGGGCGGUGGGUACUGUCUACCUGGUCUCCCGCCCACACGCCGUCUCUGCUCACCGGGCGACCCCAUCCUCCCAGCUGGGCGCUGCUCGGCUUCCUAAGGUUACCUGCCCUUUAGGGGGCGCUGUCUAACGGAUCUUGCUUUCUUAGCUUACCUUGACUUAUUUUUCUUCUCUUCCGCCUCCUCCAAUACUGUCCUUUCCUCUGUUCCCGCUUAUCCAAAGCCCCCAGGUGCAUCCAGCCCCGCACACCUCACAAGGAUGGAGACCCUGGGGUGCAGAGAGUUCCUCCCUGCAUUUCCACACCUGUGCCCGCCUCUUUCCCCUCGAGGCCCCGUCGGGGGAGACAGAGGCAGUAGCGGGGGUCGACACCCCCCAAACCUCGAAGUCUUCCAUUUUUUGGCACCCCCUCAUUGAAGUCCCCCUUCCCAUCCAAGACCCCCAACUCUGGCCUCUUUCAAGGGUCCGUCCGCCCCCUGGGACAGAUUUGUGGGGGUCACCAGAAACGCCACCCCCUUAUCAGGGGAGGGGCGAUGUAGCACAGUGUUGUACACGGAACCAGAAAGGCCCCCUGGGUGGGUGGAGGGAGGC